AUUCUUGUUUUUUAACUUUCCAUUAUUAUUAUUCUGUUUCUACUGAUUCUUUGGUGCUAUUUUCGCAUUUUAAUAUUUGUUGGAAGUCCUUGCCAUUUUCUAUACAUAAUUGAACCCGUGGUAUAUUCUGGAUAUAUUGAAACGAUUUCGGAUUGAUAUUUCAUUUAGGCCCAACGAUGGAACAAGAAAGUAAAAACCAGUUAGACGAUGUGCAGCGGCAGAUAUUCGAGAGAAUCGCCAAAAACGACGUGGAUGGUUUUAAGCAGCAGAUAACCCAACUAAAAGGUUGUGUGGAUUUUGUAGACGAGGAUGGGAUGACUCCGCUUCAGCAUGCUUGUUGCAAGGGUAACAGAGAAGCUGUGCAGAUACUGUUAGACAUGGGUGCUGAUAUAAACUUUAAUAAACACGGUGCGGACUAUACACCACUGCAUUUUGCUGCUCUAUCAGGCAACACAGAGGUGUGCCGUUUGAUUCUGGAUGCUGGCAUAAAUCCCAGCAGAUUAAACAGCGUUUCACGAACAGCGUCACAAAUGGCAGCUUUUGUUGGUAAUCAUUCCUGCGUGGAAACGAUCAACAACUAUGUACCGCGAAAAACAUUAGAGUACUAUACAAGACCACAAGGCCAACUUAAAGAGCCAUUGAUACCCGCGGGACUGUUGGAUGCAUUUCAUCAUUUUAUCAUAGAAAUUAAUUUACAUCCAGUGCGCAUUGCCCUUAAUUUACAAUCAUUAGGCCUACUUAAAAACUUGCCGGGAUUGAAAAAAGCUCUGGAGUAUAUGUGUGAAAAGGAAAUGAAGAAAGCGAAUGAUGUAAAUGAAUUAAUGGCUUUUAAAUUUCACUAUCUUCGGUGGAUUGUGUCCGAGUUAAUGCGAUGUGAAGAGCAGUGUAAAGCUCAACGGAAAGAAAAACCCACUGAAGGAGAUGCCGGAAAGCAUGAUUUUGUGGAGUUAUUCAUAAAACGUGUUCUAAAAGAGAAUAAAGUUGGUCAACUAGACUACCUAGAGUUUACUCUACGCGAUUGUGUGCGAGAGUUCCCUUUCAGGGAAUGUACAGUCUUUCGACAAGUGGUUUCGCAAUUGGCAGCAAAGGAUCCGCAACCAGCAUUAUUGGUCUUUCGCAAUGCUGUUAACGGUCAUCGAGGUUUUGCGGAUGAGACAUCUUAUUGUAGUUCGUGUGGAAAUGAGAAACCUGACAAGAAAUGCUCGAAAUGCAAACAGGUAAAAUAUUGCGAUCGUGAGUGUCAACGUUUGCACUGGUUUAUGCACAAAAAGACAUGCGCUCGACCUAUUUCCAAUGCAUCUACUUCGGCCAGUACUUCAGCUGUGAAGGAGUCAAUCGACACACUUGAAUUACAGGAGGAAUUAUCUAAAAUUACCACCAGCUAAACAGAUUUUUAGGAACCCAACAUAUGAAGUUUUUGGUACCUUUAUCCAUUCGUAUUCAACCCAUAAAAUAGAACACAUUGCUGUAAAAAUUUGACAUACCAGACUAUAAACGAAAUAAGUCUUCAGUCAUCUUCAGUUCAUAGAGUCAAAUAAAAAAUUUAGAUACAUAUAAAACUA